UCAGUGCGUGCUGCGAGCGUGAGAGUCCGCGGGUCGGCGGCUGCUGUCGCGCAAGAGGUCUCCACCGCGGUUGCCAUGUUGACGGCGCGCCCGAGCGCCGAGCUGCUGAAUACGGCGACGAUGACGCCGACAUCGACGUCCACGCUGCCGGUGACGCUGUCGCCGACAGACGCGGUGCCCGAGUCGGUGAUGGUGGGCGUGAACGGCAGCUUCCAGCAGGACUCGGCGCUGGAGUGGGAGCUGGUGCAGCGGAGGCUCCAGUGCGAGCAGCGCCUCGCGGCCAGCCGCAACGUCACACCUGCCGGGCUCUUCUGUCCCGGCCUGUUUGACGGCUGGUCCUGCUGGUUCGACACACCCGCGGGCGUCACCGCCCACGCGCCGUGUCCCGACUUCAUCACCGGAUUCGAACCUAACCGGACGGCGCACCGGCACUGCGAGAGCAACGGCACGUGGUUCCGACACCCUGAGACGGGCGCCGGCUGGUCCAACUACACCACCUGCGUCAACCUGGACGACCUCAACUGGCGGACGCAGGUGAACCUGGUGUACGUGGCCGGCUACUCCGUGUCGCUGGUCGCGCUGGUCGUCGCGCUCGCCGUCCUCUCCUACUUCAAGUCGCUGCGGUGCGCGCGCAACACGCUGCAUACGCACCUGUUCGCGAGCUUCGCGGCCAACAACGCGCUGUGGUUGUCGUGGUACGGCGCGGUGGUGCCGCGGCCCGCCGUCGUGUUCGCCAACGGCGCGGGCUGCCGGCUGCUGGCGGCCGCGCUCAGCUACGGGCUGCUGGCCAGCUACACGUGGAUGCUGUGCGAGGGCCUCUACCUGCACACGCUGCUCGUCGCCGCCUUCGUGUCCGAGGCGCGCCUGGUGCGCGUGCUCGCCGGCCUCGGCUGGGGGCUGCCCGCCGCCCCCGCGCUCGCCUACAGCGUGCUGCGCGCCACCGACGCAGACCCCGCCGAGAGCGGCCAGUGCUGGAUCAACGACAGCAAGUACCUGGCGGUGCUGGUGGCGCCCGUGUGCAUCACGAUGGCGCUGAACCUGCUCUUCCUGUGCAACAUCGUGCGCGUGCUGCUCACCAAGCUGCGCGCCGGGCCGCGCGUCGGCUCCAGCCGCCCCUCCAGCACGCUGCUGCAGGCGCUGCGUGCUGCGCUGCUGUUGGUACCCCUGCUGGGUCUGCACUACCUGCUGACGCCGUUCCGGCCCGAGAAGGACCACCCCUGGGAGAUGGCCUACGAGCUCAUCUCCGCCGUCACCGCCUCCUUCCAGGGCCUGUGCGUGGCAACGCUGUUCUGCUUCUGCAACGGCGAGGUAAUGGCAGCAGUCCUGGGUUCGAGGACGGGCGUCCGCCCGCCGUGGCUGGCGCCGCUGACAGAGCUGCGCCUGUAGAGUCGGCACACCCGCGGCGCACGCUAAACUACCUGCGGCCGCCUCACGCAGUUGCUAGUAGCUAGUGGCUAGCUGCUAGCCAGUAGGAGUAGCCAGUAGCCACGCACUCACGCAACAGUAGCCCUGCAUGUCGCCCCUCACCGCUGUAGCUCUUGCGACAGCCUGCAGGGGUGAUGGGAGCUCUGCUUUCCAGAUUUACAUCUUAGGUUUUUCUCCCCUAUUUUCAUCUUUUCCAACACGAUAUCUGUUUCACUC